ACACAAAACACAACAAAGAACAGCAGCAGAAGAAGGAAGAAGAGAAGAAGCAAUCAGCAACAAUGGUGAAAGGUGUAGUCGGAGAAGAAACGCGUCUCAAUUCGCUUGAGUCUCGUCUCACCAAAUCUGCACUUCCAUCAGAGGUUGGUUUAGCAAUUGGCAAAUUCAGUUCCGCGUUGGAUCGUGUGUUCCUCUUCGAUUUGAUUCCAACUCCUCCAAAUGAUUCCGGCGAACCCGCUUCUUCCAUUGCUCACUCCGACAACAAGAAAACCGCCGCUAAAUCCAAAACCCCCGUCCCUGAUUCAUUGUUCAUCGAUCAGGAUUGGGUCGCCGAGCAUGCUCGUCACGUUUCUAGAAUGCUCGUCGGUGGCGUCAAGGUCGUCGGCGUUUACGUUUGGCUUGGUGAUGCCGCUUUCAAGAAUUCAACCAUCACGCUUUGCCAGACUGUGAAGGGUGUUGCUGAAGCUGCGGCGACGGUUGAUUGGGGUGAGAGACUGCUUCUUCACAUUUCUUAUAGUCCAAGGAGGUGGAAUUGUCGAAGCUGCUCGCUAUCUCCAAAUAUUACAUCAGGUAGUCUAAGGCCUUGUGAUUUUAAAUUGGGAAAGGUCUUAAGUUCCAUUCAAACUUUUAAGUGCAUGCACAACUUUGACCUUAGGGUGCCAAUCUUUCGUGACAGUGCAGCCAAAUACCAGACAUUCAGUGACGUUCUUCGUCAUGCAAUAUCUGUUCAUGCUAAAGAGCUUACAGGUGCAAAGGCCCUGAUUGAUGGUAAAUUGGUUGUUGAUAAUGAACCGUGCUCAUCAGAUGGUGUGCAUGAAAUCGAAUUGCUUAUACCAAUUUUGAGUAAUAGUUCUGUUGAAGCAUGCAGCCAAAAAGAUGUAGUUGGUAUUCUUUCCUUUAGUGGCUCGUUAUGUUCUUUUGCAUAUCUGAAUUCAAAAGAGCCAAUUUCACAAGCCAUCACAGAUUUAAAGGGAGAUAUCAUUACGAGUCUGCAGAGUAGAUUGGAUAUAAUCAGUGAUGAGGCAGAUGGUGAUUCAGGUAACAAUUAUGAUGUUGAAAGGCAAGUAAGUGAUGAUAUACCAGCUGAAAAGCCUGUUUCCCAACUUGUGCUGCAGCUAUUGAGAAAAGGAUAUAGUCUUCCUUUUCCCAGAAGAGUCUUUGCACUAUGGUUAGCAGGGGCGUAUGUGUGUGAUUACUUGCAACCUUCUGAGACUGUUGAGGUUUUAAAAGAUCAUUGCAUGGAGUUGUUAUCCAUGGAGGCUCCAACGGAUGUCUCUACAAUUUUUGAGCCAGAAAAAGAAGUGAUAUCUUUCGCAACAAAGUCUUUCUGGGAUGUGGCGGUGCCCGCUACAGAAACUUACCUCAUGGGAGACAAGAGCAAACUUGAUGGCAGAGGGGAGAGUGGUGCCAAAUCUGUGAAGCCUGGUCACAUUAAUGUUGUAGCUGCUGGUCUUAUCCUUAUACUAGCUAUCUUAGUUGGUUUUCUGUUAUUCUUUUUGAAGGGUUGAGGGUUUUAUACUAAUAUCUCUCCUUCAUGAAUACACAUUUUCUGAUAGUUCAAAAAACUGAGUACUGAUUGAUUGUACUUUGAAAUUAUACAACGGCAAAUAUGGGGGGAAGUGAAGUUUUGAGGAGGACCUGGCCUGUAAGUUUUUUGAAUCAACCCGAAGAAUAGAAUGGGCCCCCCUACGGUGCACAACAAAAAUGUUGUGUAAAUGUGCACAAGGGAAAUCUGACCCAUUGUAGUAGGUUCCCCGGUUUUUUUCGUUUUUUUUAAAAAUAGUUUUGUUUAUCUGAAAUUAAAAUUAAAUUAUCUCAGUUCAUCA